AUGGAAGUGACCAAUUCUAAUUUAUUCCUCAAUAUUAAAGGCAUGCGAUUUUUUUCUAAGUUAUACAACCUGGAAAUCGUUCAUUCUGCUUUGGAAUAUAUCCCACAUGAUAAUGAUAUAUUUAUUGCUACAAUACCUAAAUCAGGUACUACAUGGAUGCAAACAAUUGUCUAUGCUCUUCUUAUGAAUGGUCGUGCAUUCGAUGAUGAUAUCAAUGAUUACAAAGCUAGCAAUCCAUUUCUUGAAAUGGAUGGACAACAAGCUAUUGAAAGUAUGCAACGACCUGGUGCUAUCAAAACCCAUCUAGUUUUCAAUUAUCUUCCUUAUAAUUCAAAUGCUAAAUAUAUAACUGUUAUUCGUAAUCCUAAAGAUGUUUGUGUUUCAUUUCAUCGAUUUAUUACUUCGAUAGGAAGAGGAGCACAGAAUGAUAUUGCAUUUGAUACAUUUUUUAAUGAUUUCCUUGCUGGUAAAACAGGUCAUGUAGAUUAUUUUGAGCAUCUUAUAUCAUGUUGGGCUCAUAGAAAUGAUGAUAAUGUAUUACUUAUUCUAUAUGAAGAUAUGCAGAAAGAUAUUCGAUCAGUAAUCAAACGAGUAGCCAACUUUCUCGACAUAAAAAUCAGCGAAGAAUUACUUGAACGUAUUGUUAUAGUUUCCAGUUUUGAUUAUUUGAACAAAGCUAGAUACAAUGAAAAAAUUGAUUCAAAAGAUAAUGUUGCAACUUUUAAAUUCCUUCGAAAAGGAAUAACAGGCGAUUGGCGUACAGUAUUAUCUGAUGAACAAAAUCGUCGUUUAGAAACAUGCUUCAGAGAAAAAACUAAACAUAUUCAUGAGCUUAAUACUUUAUGGGAUCAAUAUGAUGUAUUUAACAAAGAAUAG